AUGCUUCCACCCAACCCCCAACUUCCUAGACCUCCGCAUCGUAAUUCGAAGCGGACGUCAGGGGGUCAGGGCACUCCUUCGUCGUCAUCACACGUAUCGACGUCAUCCGCGUCAUCCCAAAACAAUCGAUAUUUCACGUACUCCCGGGAUGCUGACUGCAUACUCUCUUCGUCAACGCAGACGUCGUGUCCGUCCUUUGCAGAUGUCCGCCAGGACAUCACAUACGAUGACCCCGGUCCCGAAGAAAUAUUUCAUCUGAGACUCAACUUGUCUCGAUACACCCAGAUCGCGGCUACACCGGACGACAUGGAGCUCAAGUAUACAGGCCCUCUCCUCCAGCGUCUUGCUUCAAUUCGUAUAGUUACCCGUGGAACUAAAUACACCAUGUCUGACGAACAAAAGAAGAGCUGGCAAUGGCUUGAGGACACGCUCCAUCACGCUUUCACUGCUCUCAGUGCAAACGUUAUUCUACCCUUCAGUUUCGCCAUCCUCCCUUAUCCUUCUCAAUACGGAUACCUUCGCGAUCACAAGACGCAUCGUCAUGCUUUGCGUUGUGCAAAGACUUCAAGACUGGCCUUUCACUCCCUCCUCGGUCUAGUCAACCUGUUUUACGGUCGGGUUCUAUGGAGGUGUGACACUGCACCAAAGAAUGCAGAAGCGCCCGCGCCUUCGCCGUCAGACCUAUUGCUUCAAUAUGGGCUUAGCGAUGCUCACGUUCGUGACAUCAUCAGUGCACUACAGCCGGAGAUCCUCGGGCGUUGCGUCGGCGUCAUUUUCGACCCACCCCACUGUGAAAUGGGCGUUUUAUACCCCUGGCUCAAUCGUAUACAAGUCCCGGUCUGGGUGAUAGUCGGCAAAGCGCAAGGUCCUUACAACCCCGCUACCUUCAAAAACUACCAGUUCAUACAAGCGUCGCCUACAAAAGACGAAUUCAUACGCAUCAGAACAGCAAUCGACAAGGCUAACUCUCAAGCAAUUCCGUCCAUCCCAUCUGACACCAAUCCCGACUCUUUGGAUCGAUGGACUGCGCUUGUAGAGGUUCGGGAAAAAAAGCGCGUAGAGUUCCUCUCUACUGCGUCUGACAACAUCAAAGCCCGUGUCCGAGAGCGACUUCAAAAUGCUGCAAAGUUCGUCCUACCCUCGCGGCGAGACGGAACUCGGUUUUUCCUUUGGUAUCGUUCGAAGAAGGGGAGGUUCCGGGGAGAGCUCGAUUGUGAAGACGCCAAGACGGAAUUUGAGACCAGACCCAAGGAGCAGUUUGUAUACGACGAGAUCUCCAACGAAUGGGAUAUAUGCUCCCUCUUCGAAUGCGAUGUCGACGCACUGGACGGCGACCCUGGUUUCGAAUUCGACGAACCAAAUACAAACGACUCUGGCGUCUCGGAUGUAACCGUCGCUCAUUCCGAGAUAAAGACACCCCCUACUCUUCCAUCUGACCACAACGAGGUCGGAAGAUCCAUUCUCUAUAAUCGCGAGAUUUCCCAGGACAUUUUGUUCGCUUCUUCACUGGAAGACGUCCUAAGCAGUCGCUACGGACUUGUGUGCUGUUCGCAGACAGAAAUACAGUCCCAAAGCGACUAUACGGCCAUCCAGGAUGCCCAAUUCAGCGAGAUCUACACCGUUCGUAAAUACCUCAUGGAAAUGAACCUCCCCCUCACGCAACCCAAAAACGAAUUCGCCAUUCGAUACUUCAUCUCCUGCUUCUUGCUUGACAUCACCCCUCCCUCCAUCUUGUGGGAUCUGCAUCCGAACAACAUCGACGAACUCGUCGAAUCCAAUGUGCGUUUCAAGUACACAUUCGUUCAAGAUAACGCUCGCACCGGUUACCUCCUACACCCACAAGAUGAAAGAUACAAUCGACCAUGGGACCUCCUCAUUCACAGCGCGGUGUCCGUCGUCCAAGGUAUCAGAGAACGAUGGGGCCCAUCUCUAGAGGACGUCGUCCUCUCCUUAUUUGAACGUGGCAUCAAUUUUACACUCGUUUUCAAUGCCCAAGUCGCGCAUCCCUCAUUUGCUCGUCCCAGAACCGUCUUUGAGUCGAUCCUCCGUCCGCACGGGUGGUUGCCGGACAAAUACGAGUAUGCAGACUACGAAAAUCGAAGAGGUCGAUUGCUAAACCUGCCUCACGUACGCGUCGCUGUCGCUCAAGGUGGCAUACUCUGGCGUCUCUGCAAACAGGAGCUUGCUAGCGAUAUACCAAACGGCCCCUCCAAAGACGUACAGUUUUUCGCAGAUACAUCUCCCGAUGCACCUAAACGGUAUCUCUCCGAUACUCUGAGCGACGACGAGAUCAACAUUCUCUGCGGUGUCUAUCACAUUGCUACCGGCAGAGGCAAUCAGACGGCAAUAUCAUCAUGGUGGCCUACCCCAAAACAAUGGUCGUCGUCUGGUUUGGACGUUGGGUACUGGAACCAUUCCGCUGAAAACGUGUUUCAGUCGAGGCUCAAAGCCAUACGCGAAGGGCGAGCCGAGUUGAGGGGCGCUAAACAAUGGAAGAGCGAGAUGAGUUACUACAAGAACCCGACGAGGAAAUUUAUCGGUGCUGUCGAAAAAGAAUGCAUCGAUUUUCUGCAGAACAGCGCAUUGUAA